CGUGGACUUUGUGUUCAUUAGAAAGCUAAUGGUGGACUGAGGAAAUAAAAGGAAAGAGAAGCACAAAACAAAGCAUCAUAGUCACUUGAGUCAAUCACAGUUCAUAAAUCGCAUUAAGGAUGGAUCAUCUUGUAAGCGAUCUCGAACCGCUUUUUCCCGACGAUCUGUUUCCGUCAACUGGACCGAAUCUUUCGCACGUGCGUAACAAUGAAACUCCAAGAGGUGCUGGAGUCUUGGGAACAAUCUUUUUGAUCGUGAACACUACACUGGGAGCUGGAUUGUUGAAUUUCCCACAGGCCUUCGAUAAGGCUGGUGGGAUAGGGACUUGUAUCGUGGCUCAACUUGUCUUGCUUGUAUUCAUCACAGCUACUCUGGUGAUACUGGCCAGUUGUAGCAACAGUACAGGCACCGAUACAAUGCAAGAUACAUUCGCUGGAUUAUGUGGAUCCAAGUCACUUGCUUUCUGCGGAAUCUGCGUAGCUGUUUACAGCUUCGGUUGUUGCUUAACGUUUCUGAUAAUCGUUGGUGAUCAGUUCGAUAGAGUGUUUGCCACAUAUUAUGGUCUUGAUUAUUGUCAUACGUGGUAUUUAGCCAGGCCAUUUGUGACAGCUUUAUCUUGCAGUAUAUUUAUACUGCCGAUGUGCUUUUUUAAAAGACUGGACAUUCUAAGUUACGCAAGUUCCAUUGGUUGUAUAACCAUCAUUUAUGUCGUAUGGUUAAUUAUUUAUAAAAGCUUCGGGGAGCAAAACAACACUAUAUCACCCAUAAAAAUCUGGCCAAACAAUGGAUAUGAAAUUCUACAGAUAAUACCCAUCGUUUGCUUCGCUUAUCAAAGUCACAUGACGGUGAUACCGACUUAUGCCUGCAUGAAGGACCGUAAUUUGUACAAGUUCACUCUGUGUGCCGUCGUCAGCAUGCUGAUCUGUUACGGCACGUAUAGCAUCGUUGGUUAUUUCGGUUACGCCACGUUCGGUAGUGGCAAAGUCCCAAGCGAUAUCCUGCAAGGCUACACCGAUAAGAGUGCCGUCGUAACCAUGGCGAUAAUUGCAAUCGCGAUCAAAAACUUUACAACCUAUCCCAUCGUAUUAUAUUGCGGCCGAGACGCACUUCUCAGUAUCUUCAAUGUGAGUUUCGAUCGAAUUGGCAUCCGUGUGAUCAUCACGUUGAUUUGGUUCAUCCUGUCGUUAGUCAUCGCCAUUCUGGUGCCAGACAUCUCACCGGUCAUCAACUUAUUAGGAUCGUUGUCUGCGAUGUUUAUUUUCAUCCUACCAGGUAUCUGUCUCCUGCAAAACGUGUUGCUCAGAGAUCCAGAAUUGUGCUUAAAUAAAGGCCGCAUGCUAGUCGUCUUCGCAAUCUUCCUGACCGCACUUGGAGCCUUUGUGUGCGGCGUCAUAUUUAUGGAGACUCUUCAAGAUCUACAGAAGACGCCGGCUAAACCGCCAUUAGUCACUGGUUUCAGACAGCUCAGAGAGAGUUUGUGUGUUUGAUAGCAACGGUAAUAUCGAAAUAUAUAUUAGACAUAGUGCGAUCUAUGAAGAAACUUCGAGAUUUUUUUUAUUAACAUUUUAUUAAUAAUUCAUUAAUGGCGUGCCAUACUCUCUAUAUAUCUCAUAUGUAACUCAAUUCAAAUGAAAUUGAGAAAGCGAAUUUGCAAUUCGGAUAUAUACUUUACUUUUAGUCAAUAUUAUGAUAAAAAGAUGUAGUUGAGGCGUCAAAAAAGACUGACAUGUAUAUAUAAAUUGUGCGUGCGUGCGUGCGUGCGUGUGUGUGUGUGUGUGCGCGUGUGCUC